AUGGCAAUUACAUGUUGCAUAUUCGGAUUACCAGGAAAUAUAUUAACAAUCAUUGUUUGUAUAAAAGCAUUAUGUCAAAGAAAAAUGAAUUUUGAACGAAAAGUAUUUGAUCUAUAUCUUGCUGAAAUAUCAUUUCUAGAUUUUUGCCUAUUACUCUAUUGGGUGAUCGAAACAUUAUUUCAUUAUCUUUAUUCGAUAAAGAAAAGUGAAUAUUUUUCUUUAAUGCACGUAUCAGCAUUUUCAUGCUUCUUCUUUUACAUGAUCAAUCGUUUAUUUGCUGCGUUAUGCUCAUGGCUAAUUACAUGUUUUACAUUAAUUCGGUUUUUAAACAUAUUUCGACCGUUAAACACUAUAAGAUCAAAUAUAAUUCUUGUCAUUUGUCUUACAAUUAUAUUUGCUACAGCAAAUAGCUAUCUAAUGUUUACAUUAGGCUAUGAUCGAGAAGAAAAAUCUACUGUAAUUGAAAAUUUCGUAAAUGAUAGUAAUGAAAUUACAUUCAGAUCAUCUCGGUGUCAUAUACGUGAAGAAUAUAGCACGAAUUCAUUAACAUUAUUAUUAAAUGUACUGGUUGCUGGUGUUCUCAAUCUUGUCUUGCCUUCUAUGUUAACACUAUUGGUUAAUAUUGUUAUUAUAUGUUAUAUAAAACAUAUUUAUAAUGUACAAAAUUUUGAGCACAGUCCACGACGUUCCGAUAGUAGUGCAGGAGCAAGUUAUCGUUCGACAAGUUCAACAUUACUUGUCAUAUCAAUGACAUAUACAUUAUGUUAUGUGCCAUAUUGUAUUAUCUAUGUUCUUCUGUCUCAUUUUGAUGACACCAAUAAGAUACUUGUCUAUUUGUCUGAAAUCUCAUUCAUUAUACGUUAUAUAAGCCAUUCAGUCAAUUUUUAUGCUUAUAUAUUUACAAGUUUUCGGUUUCGUCGUGAUAUUAUUUUAUUAUUUCGUAGCGUAUUUCGAGCAUGUUUAUGUAUGAAAAAACAAAAGAAAACCAAAGAAAAAAAACCAACUCAACAAAUUAUAUUUUAUCAUUAUCGCUUAUCACAGUCAACAGCGACUAGAAAACUUCCUACUAAAGCACCUUUAUAA